UGUUUAAGGGAGAGAAAGAGAGGAAAAUAGCAAACAUGCAUAGGAACUGUCUGCUGCUGUGCCUGCUUGUGCUAGCGGUAAUUCACACCUGUGUUGUAAAUUCCCUGAAGAGUGAUGGGCUUUGCAGCCAGUGCUCCAAAUGUGAAUCAAGCACAUGCCCUGCAAGCGAAUCCUAUCCCCACAUGACGGCAUAUGAUGACACUCUUAUUGCUGGUGCUUUACAAUCUGACUAUGUGGAUUCAGAUGACAGAGGGGUUUACUCAGUUCCGGACAUUAAAGGUGGUGAAUCUAAUAAAUACAAUUCUUAUUUUGGAUGGAAAUCGACUUCUGGUUCUGCUUCUGGCCAUCAUAGGUUCAGCAACUACAUGGACAAGUGCUCAGGUGGGCGGAGCUACCUCACUGCUGACAAGGAUGGCAAGGUGAGCCUUCGCUCAUUGAGCUCACUGAAAAGCUUAGCUGAAGCAGACUGGAAAUCCAUCAACCCACCUAAGGAAUUAAACCAUCGUGAAUUCCGAUUCUGGGUCAAUCUUGGUACUGGAAAAUGUCUUACAGUCUUUAGUGGGAAGACAAAAAAACGAACUGUGGGUGUAGCAAAGUGCAAAUUUGAUGGCUCCAAUCCUUACCAGCUCUUUGCCUUUCGCUUCCACUACCACAAAGCAUUCUGCUGUUGUGGCGUUCACAACGAGUGAUUCCUUAAUGAAGUACAAUCCUGACAAUUCUGAAGUAAAAGUAGCUUUCAGAACUCUUAUACAAGAAGUUCAUAAUAAUGAUGGUAUCAACCAUCAAGGCAUCCCUGGAAUUUUCCCCUCAUUUCUCUAUAUUUUUUAG